GGCUGCUGCUGCCACUGCAGCGACUGGGGGAGCCGAAGGGAAGGAGGACACUGCCACCCGCAGCCUCCGGGGCUCACUGCAGCAGGGACAGCAGACUCGCCGGCGGCGCGGGCACAACGUGUGGCUGAGGCGGCUGCCCGGGUCCUGGGGUGGCGGCGGCGGGCAGGAGCAGGAACGGAACCAUGUUCCCAGGCUGCGCGCGCCUCUGGGUCCUGGUGGUUCUGGGCACCAGCUGUGCAGGCUGGGGGAGCCCAGGGGCCGAAGCAGCGCGGCUAAGGCAGUUCUACGUGGCUGCUCAGGGCAUCAGCUGGAACUACCACCCAGAGCCCACAGGCCCGAGUUUGAAUCCUUUUGCAACUUCCUUUAAGAAAAUUGUCUAUAGAGAGUAUGAAGCAUAUUUUAAGAAAGAAAAGCCACGAUCUAGAACUUCAGGACUUCUUGGGCCUACUUUAUAUGCUGAAGUUGGAGACAUCAUGAAAGUUCACUUUAAGAAUAAGGCAGACAAGCCCUUAAGCAUCCAUCCUCAAGGAAUUAAGUACAGUAAAUUCUCAGAAGGUGCUUCUUACUCUGACCACACAUUCCCUGCAGAGAAGAUGGAUGAUGCUGUAGCUCCAGGCCAAGAAUAUACCUAUGAGUGGCACAUCGCUGAGGACAGUGGGCCCACCCAUGAUGACCCUCCAUGCCUCACACACAUCUAUUACUCCUAUGAAAAUCUGACACAGGACUUCAACUCUGGGCUGAUAGGACCUCUGCUUAUUUGUAAGAAAGGCACCCUAACUGAUGAUGGGAUUCAGAAGAUGUUUGACAAGCAACACGUGCUGAUGUUUGCUGUGUUUGAUGAAAGCAAGAGCUGGAGCCAGUCAUCAUCCCUAAUGUACACAGUAAAUGGCUAUGUGAAUGGGACGAUGCCAGAUAUAACAGUUUGUGCCAAUGACCACAUCAGCUGGCAUCUGAUUGGAAUGAGCUCUGGGCCAGAACUGUUCUCCAUUCAUUUCAGUGGGCAAGUCCUGGAACACAACCGUCAUAAGAUCUCAGCCAUCAGCCUCGUCAGUGCCACAGCCACUACUGCAAACAUGACUAUAAGCCCAGAGGGAAAGUGGAUCGUAUCUUCUCUCAUCCCAAAACAUUUUCAAGCUGGGAUGAAGGCUUACUUAGACAUUAAAAACUGCGCAAAGAAAACCCGGAAUCCUAAGAAACUAACUCGUGACCAGAGGCGGCAUAUUAAGAGGUGGGAAUACUUCAUUGCUGCAGAGGAAGUCAUUUGGGAUUAUGCACCUGUAAUACCAGCGAACAUGGACAAAAAAUACAGAUCUCUGCAUUUGGAUAAUUUCUCAAACCGAAUUGGGAAACACUACAAGAAGGUUGUCUACAAACAGUACCAAGAUGAGUCCUUCACCAAAUAUCUGGAGAAUUCCCACAGCAAAGAAGACGGGAUCUUGGGCCCUGUUAUCAGAGCCCAGGUCAGGGACACACUCAAAAUCGUGUUCAAAAAUAUGGCCAGCCGCACCUACAGCAUUUACCCUCAUGGAGUGACCUUCUCUCCUUAUGAAGAUGAAGUCAACUCUUCCUUGACCUCAGGCAAUAACACCAUGAUCAGAGCAGUGAAACCAGGGGAAACCUAUACUUAUAAGUGGAACAUCCUAGAGUCUGAUGAACCCACAGAAAAUGAUGCCCAGUGCUUAACAAGACCAUACUACAGUAAUGUGGACAUCACGAGGGACAUUGCCUCUGGGCUGAUAGGACUACUUCUAAUUUGUAAGAGCAGAUCCCUGGAUAAGCGAGGCAUACAGAGGACAGCAGACAUUGAGCAGCAGGCUGUGUUUGCUGUGUUUGAUGAGAACAAGAGCUGGUACAUUGAGGACAACAUCAACAAGUUUUGUGAAAAUCCUGAUAAGGUGAAACGUGAUGACCCUAAGUUUUAUGAAUCAAACAUCAUGAGCACUAUCAAUGGCUAUGUGCCUGAGAGCAUAUCCACACUAGGAUUCUGCUUUGAUGACACUGUCCAGUGGCACUUCUGCAGCGUGGGAACCCAGGAUGACAUUUUGACCAUUCACUUCACUGGGCACUCGUUCACCUACGGAAAGAGGCAUGAGGACACCUUGACGCUCUUCCCCAUGCGUGGUGAAUCUGUAACCGUCACAAUGGAUAAUGUUGGAACUUGGAUGUUAACUACCAUGAAUUCCAAUCCAAGAAGCAAAAACCUAAGGCUGAGAUUUAGGGAUGUUAAGUGUAUCCUGGAUGAUGGUGAAGGCUCAUAUGAGUUUAUAUUUCAACCUCCAGAAUCUACAGCCAUCACUACAAGGAAAAUGCAUGAUUCUUCAGAAAACAGCAAUGAAGAGUUUGAUGCUGACUACGACUACCAGAACAGACUGGCUUCAUUAUUUGGAAUUAGGUCAUUCAGAAAUUCAUCAUUGAAUCAGGAGGAAGAUGAGUUCAAUCUUACUGCCCUAGCUCUGGAGAACAACUCGGAAUUCAUUCCUCCAAGUACUGAUACAGCUGGUGGUUCAAAUUCUUCUUCCCCAAGUAACAUUAGCAGGCUCAUUGCCAAUAACUUUGCAGACCAUCAGAAAAAUAUUUCUCACCCAGAAGCCACCACAGCUGGUACCCUCCUGGGACACAUUGGCUUAGAUAAGAACUUAGUUCUCAACCCUUCCACAGCAGAGAAUUCCAGCUCUUAUUCUGAAGACCCUAUAGAGGAUCCUCUACAGUCAGAUGUCACAGGGAUAAGCCUACUCCCACUUGAUGCAGAAGGAUUCAGAAGUCAAGAACAUGAUAAACAUAAGGGAUUCAGGGCAGGAAGAGACCAAGUAGUAAAGCACAGGUUCUCCCGGAUGGAAUUUCCAGCACAUAAAACUGGGAGACAUUUAAGCCAAGGCAACACUUCUCCUUCCAGAAUGGGGCCCAGGAAGGACCUUCCCAGUGAUCUAUUACUUUUAAAACAAAAGAAUCCGUCUAAGAUUUUGAAUGGGAAAUGGCAUUUGGUUUCUGAGAAAGGUAGUUAUGAAAUAAUCCAAGAUGCUGAUAAAGACCUGGCUGUUAAUAAGCUGCUGAACAGCCCCCAGAAUGCCUUAGGAACUUGGGGAGAAAGCAUCCCUCUUACAAACAAGCAGGGUGACCACCCAAAGUUUUCUGGAAUUAGACAUAAAUCUCCACAAGUAAGACAGGAUGGAGGAAACAGGGGAUUGAAGAAAAGCCCUUUUUUAAUUAAAACACGAAAGAAGAAAAAGGAAGAGAAGCUUGCACACCAUGUUCCUCAGUCUCCAAGGAGCUUUCACCCGCUAAGAGGAGAGGCUAACACCACAUUUUCAGACAAGAGACUUGAUCAUCCAUUGUUAGUCCAUAAGUCCAAUGAAACAUCUCUUCCCACAGACCUCAAUCAGACAUUCUCCUCUAUGAAUCUUAGCCUGAUAGCCUUACUUCUUGACCAUAAUCAGAAUCCUUCAAAUGACACCAGUCAGACAAGCCCCCCUCCAGAUCUUUAUCAGACAGUGCCCCAAGAAGAACACUAUCAAAUGUUUUCAAUUCGAGACUCUGAUCAGAUGCACUCCACUACAGACCCCAGUCACAGGUCUUCUCCAGAGCCUGGCCAGAUGCUCAACUAUGACCUAAGAAACAAGUCCUUUCCUAUGGACAUUGGAAAAAUAUUCCCUUCCUUGGAACUUGAAGUCUGGCAGACAACCAUCUCUCCAGAUCUCAGUGAACCAUCCUUCUCUUCAGAACUUAGUCAGACAAGCCUUUCCCCAGACCUUGGUCAGAUGGCCCUUUCCCCAGAACUCAGCCAGGAGACCCUUUCUCCAGACCUUGGUCAGAUGCCCCUUUCCCCAGAACUCAGCCAGGAGACCCUUUCUCCAGACCCUGGUCAGAUGCCCCUUUCUCCAGAACUCAGCCAGGAGACCCUUUCUCCAGACCCUGGUCAGAUGCCCCUUUCUCCAGACCUCAGCCAGGAGACCCUUUCUCCAGACCCUGGUCAGAUGCCCCUUUCUCCAGAACUCAGCCAGGAGACCCUUUCUCCAGACCCUGGUCAGAUGCCCCUUUCUCCAGACCUCAGCCAGGAGACCCUUUCUCCAGACCCUGGUCAGAUGCCCCUUUCUCCAGAACUCAGCCAGGAGACCCUUUCUCCAGACCCUGGUCAGAUGCCCCUUUCUCCAGACCCUGGUCAGAUGCCCCUUUCUCCAGACCUCAGCCAGGAGACCCUUUCUCCAGACCCUGGUCAGAUGCCCCUUUCUCCAGAACUCAGCCAGGAGACCCUUUCUCCAGACCCUGGUCAGAUGCCCCUUUCUCCAGACCUCAGCCAGGAGACCCUUUCUCCAGACCCUGGUCAGAUGCCCCUUUCUCCAGACCUCAGCCAGGAGACCCUUUCUCCAGACCCUGGUCAGAUGCCCCUUUCUCCAGACCUCAGCCAGGAGACCCUUUCUCCAGACCCUGGUCAGAUGCCCCUUUCUCCAGAACUCAGCCAGGAGACCCUUUCUCCAGACCCUGGUCAGAUGCCCCUUUCUCCAGACCUCAGCCAGGAGACCCUUUCUCCAGACCCUGGUCAGAUGCCCCUUUCUCCAGAACUCAGCCAGAUGACCCGUUCCCCAGACCUCCAUCAGAUUCCCCUUUCUUCAGACCUCAGCCAGGCAACUCUCUCUCCAGAUAUCAGUCAAACAACCCUUCCUCCUGAUCUCAGGCAGAUAUCACCUCCUCCAGAUCUUGAUCAGACAUCCUCCACUUCUGAAUCCAGUCAGUUAUUGCCUCUUCCAGAAUUUGAUCAGAUUUUCCCUUAUCCAGACCUCGGUCAGAUGCCGUCUCCUCCACCAUCUUCUACAUUAAAUAACACUUUUAUGCCAAGGGAAUUUAAUGCACCAGUUGUAGUAGGCCUCAGUGGAGAUGAUGGAGAUUACAUUGAGAUCAUUCCAAGGCAGAAGGAAGAGAGCAGUGAGGAAGAUUAUGUUGAAGUUAAUUACGUGGCCUAUAAUGACCCUUACCAAACUGAUAUUAGGACAGACAUCAACUCCUUCAGAAAUCCUGACAAUAUUGCAGCAUGGUACCUCCGCAGCAACAAUGGAAACAGAAAAUAUUAUUACAUUGCUGCUGAAGAACUAUCCUGGGAUUAUGCAAAAUUUGCACAAAGUGAAAUGGAUGAUGAUGAUGUUCCAGAGGACACUAUAUACAAGAAAGUAGUUUUUCGAAAGUACCUUGAUAGCACUUUUAGCAAACGUGAUCCUCAAGGAGAGUAUGAAGAGCAUCUUGGCAUUCUUGGUCCUGUUAUUAGAGCUGAAGUGGAUGAUGUUAUCCAGGUUCGUUUUAAAAAUUUAGCAUCCAGACCAUAUUCUCUUCAUGCCCAUGGGCUUUCCUAUGAAAAAUCAUCAGAGGGAAAGACUUAUGACGAUGACUCUCCUGAAUGGUUUAAGGAAGAUAAUGCUAUUCAACCAAACAGCAGUUAUACAUAUGUGUGGCAUGCCACUGAGCGAUCAGGGCCAGAAAGUCCUGGCUCUGCCUGUCGCGCUUGGGCCUACUACUCAGCAGUGAACCCGGAGAAAGAUAUCCAUUCGGGCUUGAUAGGCCCCCUUCUGAUCUGCCAAAAAGGAACACUUCAUAAGGAGAGCAACAUUCCUGUGGACAUGAGAGAAUUUGUCUUACUUUUUAUGGUCUUUGAUGAAAAGAAGAGCUGGUACUAUGAAAAGAAGCCCAAAAGGUCUCGGAGUCUCACAUCCUCAGGAGCAAAAAACUCCCAUGAGUUUCAUGCCAUUAAUGGGAUGAUCUACAACUUGCCUGGCCUGAAAAUGUACGAGCAAGAGCGGGUGAGGUUGCACCUGCUGAACAUGGGCGGCUCCCGAGACAUUCAUGUCGUUCACUUUCAUGGCCAGACCUUGCUGGAAAAUGGCACUCAACAGCACCAGUUAGGAGUCUGGCCCCUUCUGCCUGGUUCAUUUAAAACUCUUGAAAUGAAGGCAUCAAAAGCUGGCUGGUGGCUCCUAUGCACAGAGGUUGGAGAAAACCAGAGAACAGGGAUGCAAACUCCAUUUCUCAUCAUAGACAAAGAAUGUAAGAUGCCAAUGGGAUUAAGCACUGGUAUCAUAGCUGAUUCUCAGAUCAAGGCUUCUGACUAUAUGAGUUAUUGGGAGCCCAAAUUAGCAAGAUUAAACAAUGGCGGAUCAUAUAAUGCUUGGAUCACAGAAAAACUUUCAAGGGAAUCUGACUCUAAACCUUGGAUCCAGGUGGACAUGCAAAGGGAAGUCCUAUUAACAGGGAUCCAGACCCAAGGAGCCAAACACUACCUGAAGUCUUACUACACCACCGAGUUCUAUGUGGCCUACAGCUCUGACCAGACAAACUGGCAGAUCUUCAAAGGAAACAGCGCAAAGAAUGUGAUGUAUUUUGAUGGCAAUUCAGAUGCCUCUACAAUAAAAGAGAAUCAGUUUGACCCACCUAUUGUGGCUAGAUAUAUAAGGAUCUCUCCAACUAGAUGCAAUAACAAACCUGCCCUUCGAUUGGAGCUGCAAGGUUGUGAGGUUAACGGAUGCUCCACGCCACUGGGUAUGGAAAGUGGAAAGAUAGGAAACAAGCAAAUCACAGCAUCGUCAUUUAAAAAAUCUUGGUGGGGCGAUUACUGGGAACCCUUCUAUGCCCGCCUUAAUGCCCAGGGCCGUGUGAAUGCCUGGCAAGCCAAGGCAAACAACAACCAACAGUGGUUACAAAUUGAUCUGCUCAAAAUCAAGAAGAUAACUGCAAUUGUAACACAGGGUUGCAAGUCUUUGUCCUCUGAAAUGUAUGUAAAGAGCUACGCCAUUCACUACAGUGACCAGGGAGAGGAAUGGAAACCUUACAGGCAGAAAGCCUCGAUGGUGGACAAGAUUUUUGAAGGAAAUACUAAUAUCAAAGGACAUGUGAAGAACUUUUUCAACCCACCAAUCAUUUCCAGGUUUAUCCGAAUCAUUCCAAAAACAUGGAAUCAAAGUAUUGCACUUCGCCUGGAACUCUUUGGCUGUGAUACUUACUAGAAUUGAAUAUUCAAAAAGAUAGAGGGACUCUUAAAGAUAUCAAACCAAUUAGACUAGGCAAGGUAUUUUAUAGCUAUUUUAAAUAUUAAUAAUUUUCCACUAUUUCCCUUUUUUCUGUUAGAGAAUAAAAUUUUAUAUAUGAAACUUUUAUGAUGUAACUUUGCUACUAUUAAGUGGGAUGAUGAUUAUUAUUUCUGCAUUAAUUUGAAUAUAAAUGGGAAAAUAUCAAGAACCAACAAGAAAAUAGCUUAUCUUUCACAAUGAUUAAAAGUGCUAUAUAAAGUAA